AUGGCGGCGGCAGCCCCUGUUGGAGAGAACGGCAAAAGGGACCAGGAGCUGCUGCUGUGUGGGUGCAGGAAGGAAGGGUUCCUGGCCUUUCAGACCAGCAAGUACAAGCUGCAUUACUAUGAGACGCCCAGCGGGCUCAAAGUUGUCAUGAACACGGACCUGGGUGUGGCCAAUGUGCGGGAUGUGCUACACCAGAUCUACAGCAAUAUCUACGUGGAGUUCGUGGUGAAAAACCCACUGUGCAGCCUGAGUGAGCCCAUCCAGAGCGAGCUGUUUCGUGCCAAGCUGGACAGCUUUGUCCGCGGCCUGCCUUUCUUCUCAGCCCGGGCUGGCUGAGCACCCGGCGCCGCCUCCCUCCAAGGCGAACCCAGCCCUGUGCUGGGGCAAGGGACUGUGCUGCACCCAAGCCUCCAGCCAUGGCACGGACGGAUUGUUUUUUGUGGGGGCUGCUGCUCUGCCCCUCCCCAUGGCACAGCCCUGCUGCCCCACCCCUUCAGAGAUCACAUGGCCUGGCUCUUUGGGAUCAGCCAGCAUGGGCCCACAAUGAGAGUGACACAAUUCCCUGCGAACCCCCUUGGCUGGUGUACCCAUUGUACAUUUGGUGAUCUGACUGGUGGGCUCACUCACUUCCUGGUAAGGGGCAUUAGAACUGUCUGGAUACCCCUGCCCUUUGGCAGGGGAGACUUGCAAGACUCUUUUCAGCAUGGGGCAGCACCAGGCUCUUUGGGCUCAGGAGGAAGCAGUAGGAUCCAUGGCCCAGUCCCACUAGAAUAUGCCCUGGCCUCCCCAUGAACUUCCUAACCAAGCUGUAACACUCCAAGAUAGUCUAGGAGGGCGGGGGACUGCGGGCUGCUCCCUAGCCGUGGGAAGUGGAGGACCCAUGCCCAGGUGCAGCACUGACCAUCUGGGGUGCAAAGGAUAUCAGGGAGGCUUGGAGCCAGGACGUCUGUUCUCUCCUUGGGUGUGGAAGAGGAAUGGGAUCUAGUAGUUAGAGCAGCAAAUCAGGAGUGUGUGUGUUCCUGACUUUCAUCCUCCUUUGCUCUGGACCCCAGCUCUAGGAAUAGGACCCACAAAUGCUGGCUCCCAGCCCUCUCCCCCUUUUCUGUCCCACUAGAUCUUACUCCCCUUCUACUUGUCAGGACAAAACCCAGGAGGCCUGCCUCUGAGGCCUUUUCUAAGAGGGCCUUCCUUUUCCAAACCCCUGUUCAGCUUGGUAUUGGUGUGUGUGUACAGACCGCUGAGGUGGCACUGGUUGUGCUGAGUGGGUCUCAGUUCUGUGGUGCAGUCUCCUUGGUGAAUUAAAAUGUUGCUCUCACCUUCCA